AUGCUAUUCUCAAAGACUUCUUAAGGAUUCCUAAUACCAAUCUAACUAAGACUAAAUUUUACAUAUAACUAGAAAUUCGGGUAUUCAUUUAUUGGCAUAAUAGAGAAACUUGAAAAGAUGAAUCUCUACUAAGAUGAGUAUAACAAGCAAUAGGCAGAUGAUUUUAUGUUUGUGAUUGCUGAUUAAGACAAUGUGAUCUAGGAUGUGUCUGAAAGCGUCUUAAAAAACCUUAAAUUAAGUUUAGAAUAAUGGGAAGAUUACGAAGAGUAGAGAGGGAAGAAAAUUGAUUUACCAACUAUAAUUUCUAACUGGGAUGAUAUCAUCCAGGAGUACGGUAUAACAGAUGAUGGUAAAGAUCUUGAUUUGAAUAAUGUAGUAAAUAAAUUUGUGAAAGUCAAUGCAUACGAUAGAUUUUAACAAGACUUUGAUGCUGAUGAUCAAAUAUAAUGCAUUCUCAUGUUUUAUUAGGAGAUAAUUAGGGUUUAGAGCGACUAAAAAUUACUGAGAAAAGUCAUUUUACUACCAUCACACAAGCAUCCAGAGUUUGACUUGAUGCACAGGGGUUCAAUAGGAGUUAUGUCAUUAAAAAAGAACAUAAAAUCUGCAGUUUCUUCUGGCUAGCCUAAUUAGCAAACAAAUCAGUUUAUUCCUAUGGUCUCACCUAGCAUGAUUGAGGGAUUUUCAGAUGAUCUUAGUGACGAUAAAAAUAGAAUAGCCGCAAUGAGUUCAAUGAGCAGUACUUCAUCUUCUAAUAAUGGAGGGAAAUUUGCAUCUUAAUAUGCUAAAACUCAUCUCUUUGCCCCGAGAGUACCAUCUAUUCUAAGAUUAAACUUGAUCUUAUUCAUUCUGCUGUUAUUCUCCUACUUAGUGAUUAGCAUCUAUAAUUUAUCUAGCUUUGUAGUUAGACAUAGUAAAAUUAUUGAUAGGCUUGCAGCAUUUUCUUAUAUUAAUUAGCGUAAUGCUCACAUUAGAUCAAUUUUACUUGAUGUUAAAAUGAUAUAAGCUAUUUCAUUAGACAUUCCAAAUCUCAAUAGAUCAGAAAUAUUGCCACCUGACUUAAGCAGAACAGAUUUUUAUGUAGAAAAUCUGCAAGAAAAUCUAAAAACUAUAACGGAAUAUCAAGAAUUGUUAAAUGAUUUUAUUAUGAAGAAUCCUGAAUAUACACUAUUCGACUUAGAUUAUAAUAAUCUUGGAUUUAUUUCUCAAAAUGGAUUAGGAUAUUAUUAAAACGUUUCAUUUAAGCAUGCUGUUGAUCUCUACGCAACUUAUUCUAGCUAAGUGGACCUAAAUAAUUUGAUAAAGGAAAAAAUUGAUCUGAAUAUUUCAAGUCUGCUCAUUGAAAAUAAAAAUGGUUAAUCAUCAAGUAAAACUUAGAGAUCAUAACUUGAGUAAACCCUAUUCUAUAUCUCUGAAAAUGGACUCUUUGGCUUAGGAGAACUUGGCAAUCAAUAACUCUAUAUGCUUCUAGAUGUUAGCUAUGAGCAAUCAGAUUCAUCGCUAUCAACUCUAAAUAUAGCUGUUUUUGUCUCAAUUGGUAUUUUAUCAGUUAUGGCAAUAUCCAUCUUUCCCCAAUUAUCUCGGAUGAUUGAUAAACAUCAAAAAGUAAUAAAAUUCUUCAAUGAACUAAGUGAGGAGACAAUUGAAAUGCAAUUGAAGCAAUCCUUAAAAUUUAAGAACAACUUUUUAAUGGCCUAAGCAUAUGAAUAAAAAGUUGAAGAAAACGUUUAAUAAAUUCAUGAUCACUAAAUAGCUGCAAUGAUUCUUUAGGAGUAAUAAAAAUUGGAUGAAAAAAUUGAGUUGUAAAAUAAAAAGGUGUUAGAGGCUGAAGGAGAUUUUGAAUCAGAUGAAAGUGAGAGUAUUGAGAACGAUGAUCCAGAGGAGUAGAAGGCUCCUCAAGAUAUUUUAAUUAAUGAAAAUGAUAAAAGCAUUCAAAAGAAAUUUCAAAGCAUUAAUUCCUCCUAAAUGAACUCAAAAAGUUUGUCUUAUAAUCAAUAAAGUAAUAAAGUUUAAAAAGAUAGGAAGAAGCUUUAUGAAAUUAAGGAUAGCAAACAAAAAGAUAGCUCAGUUGAUGAUAGCAAAGAUAAAAAUUCAAAGAAGAAAAGAUCUAAAAAACGUUUGAGUCUCGGUAAAUUAUCAAAUUCUGGCUCAAAGUUAACUAGCAGCAAUUUAGCAGAUCAAUUUUUGAAGAAAAUAAAUGCUGACACAAUUAAUAAAAAGCUUAAGACAUUUUUAGUAAUACUGAUGAUAGGAGCUUUUUUGAACUCCUCCUUGAUCAUAUCUUACUUUUAGAGUUAGGUUGUUUUCAAAAAUGACAAAAGUAGUGUUGUCCAGUUAAGGAAAUUUUUCUUAAGAGAGGAAUGUGCAUACAACUUGAUAACCUACCUUAGAGAAAACAUUAUAAGGAAUAUAGAUGUAUAGAUAAGAAUAUAUGAGAGUAGUAAUAAUAGUUUCUAUCUAGAUCAUGCAUUAGAAUAUCACUACGCAGAUUGCUCUUAGAAUGAAGAUUAGAUAAACUAACUGAGAAGGAAUAUUCCAGAUUUUUUAAGUUCAGCAAAGAAUCUUCUUAAUGGUUUUGAAUCUCCACUACUGUGCAAUAUGACUUUCUUAAAUCCUGAAAUGCAAGAGAAUUACAGUCAAGAGCAGGCAAAAGCAUGCUUCGAGGUAUUCAAUGGAGUGCUCUAAAAUGGUCUUGCAAGUUUUAUUCAGUAUGUGACAGGAAUAAUUUAUUAAAUUGACUUGAAACUACAAAAUUCACGAAAAAAUAACUACUAUUCUAAGAAAUUUGCUAGUGAACUUCUAAGUUAAAAUUCCUUGCAACAAUCAACUGACUUGAUCCUAUACUAUUUGCCAUAUGCGAAUGAUGCAGUGUAAUACACAAUAAGAAACGAGUCAAACAUAUAUUUUGCUAGAGCUAAGUCAGAAUAUCUUCUAGCUUUUGGAUUAUUUAUGGCAUUUGUACUUAUUGGAUCGAUUAUUUUUGGAUUGAUAUCUUAUCGUAAACUUAAAAAUAGAUUACUAGACUUAGAGAAUUUGCUAGUACUUAUGCCUUUAGAAGACAUUGAGCCAAAGCAUAAAAAAUAAAUAGAAAAAUACCUGAAAUAUUGA